CAAGGAGGCACAUGUAAUCACACAAAUCCAAGUGCUGGGGCUAGCUUCCAAGACUUCAGAAAAGAACAGGGUCAUAACUUCAAAGAGAUCUACUUGAGUCUGUUGGAGUCAUGUGGUUUAAACAAGAAAAAAGGGAGAGGGGAAGAUUGCAGGCAACUUAACUACCCUAGUUCUCCACUACCCGGUUUCAGAAGAUUGCAGGAAGACCCUCCUGUGGGUGUCAGUGGUGCUCCGUCUGAGAAUAACAUAAUGCAGUGGAACGCAGUUAUAUUUGGGCCAGAAGGGACCCCUUUUGAAGAUGGUACUUUUAAACUAGUAAUAGAAUUUUCAGAAGAAUAUCCAAAUAAACCUCCAACUGUUAGGUUUUUAUCAAAAAUGUUCCAUCCAAAUGUUUAUGCGGAUGGUAGCAUAUGUUUAGAUAUCCUUCAGAAUCGCUGGAGCCCAACAUAUGAUGUCUCAUCCAUUUUAACUUCAAUUCAGUCUCUACUUGAUGAACCUAAUCCAAACAGUCCAGCAAACAGUCAGGCAGCACAACUUUAUCAGGAGAACAAACGUGAAUAUGAGAAAAGAGUUUCAGCUAUUGUUGAACAAAGUUGGAAUGAUUCGUAACAGCUGCUUUGUUCCUCUUCAUCCUCAUAAUCAUUAUGUACAAUUUAACUCUCAAUAGAAAGGCUACCAGAAAUUUCAAGUGCCACAGUUCUAAGAAUUUGCAUAAAAACUCAUUUGCAAACAAAAUUAAGCCCUUCAGUUUAGAGAACUUAAAAGCUUGUGUAUCUUGAUUAACGUACUUUUUAUUGCAUGGUAUGAACUAAGUUAUUGCUACAUAAAUUUGUAAUAUAUCCUGUUUGUAUUUUUUUUCCAAGUGUAUAAUGUUGGUGUGGAGUUUUCAUGACAGAAUAUACACAUUUUGUAAAUCUGUACUUUUUCAAAUACUGAAUGCCUUAUUUUUUGAAUUCUUUAGAUUUUUAAAUUGGAGAAAAGCACUUAAAAGUUUUUAUAUAUAAAAUUUCGUGUAAAGCUGUUAAAUACAUAACCUCAGUGCAAGACAUUCUUCUCUCACUC